AUGCGCAGAAGACUAACAAAUAGACCCCGCUGGCUGACUCCGUCCUUAAAGAAGGAGGUUAACAAGAAGAGGAAGCUGUGGAAAAGAUCCCUGGCUGACCGGACGCCAGAAUCCAUAUGCAGUUAUAAGUCACAGAGAAAUCGGGUCAAAGUUCUCAUCGCUAGAGAUCGGAAAGCCUUUGAAAAGGAUCUUCUGAACCGUGCCGGGGUUAAUCCCAAAGUCCUCUACACCUACAUAAGACAGAGCACGCGGAACAAAGACCCCAUCUCACUGCUGCGAACAGCCGAGGGAAUGGAAAUCUCCGAUGACAUGGAUAAGGCUGAAAACCUCUCUCAGUUUUUCCGAUCCGUCGUGACAAGUGAACCUGAUUUUCUCUCCCCCAUUUGUGAAGACGAAGAAAAGCCUACCCUUGAAGCCGUAUUCUUCACCGAAGCAAUUGUUCAGAACGAGUUACUUAAUCUGAAAGAAUCCACCUUCCCAGGCCCUGAUGCAAUGCCCGCCAAGCUGCUGAAGGAGCUAGCUCCCGAAAUGUCCAAGCUUUUAGCCAUGAUCUUCCAAACAUCAUUUCUUACUGGAUGCCUGCCCUCUGACUGGAAGUCCGCUACCAUCACUCCGCUUUUUAAGAGCGGAAGUCGUGCGUCUGCGAAUAACUACAGGCCAGUGAGUCUUACCUCCAUCUGUUGCAAAAUCAUGGAGAAGAUCAUUAAGAAGGCCUUGAUGCAGCUCCUCGAGCAGCACCACCUCCUCUCUGAUGCACACCACGGCUUUCGAAGUGGUAGGUCCUGCCUCACGAAUCUGCUCUUUACGCUCGAACGCUGGACCAAAGCACGCGAUGAAUGUAGUGUGGUGCACGCCAUCUACAUCGAUUUCAAAAAAGCCUUCGACAGCGUUCCCCACCAACGUCUCUUGCACAAACUGCGCAACGCUGGAAUUCGUGGACGUCUUCUUGUAUGGAUCCAGAGCUUUUUGGCUGGACGGUCCCAAAGAGUGCAGGUCAGGCGUCAACAGUCCUCAGAGGUAAGCGUGGUGAGUGGCGUCCCACAGGGCUCAGUCCUAGGUCCCACGUUAUUCCUCGUUUUCAAAUAUGACUGCGUCAAGGACUUAGACUGUGAUACCAUCCUGUUUGCCGACGACAUUCAAUUGUGGAAAGUUAUUCACAAUGCGGCAGACGCAGACCACCUGCAAGCAAACCUAAACAGGCUCGAAGACUGGUCGAAGCGCUGGCUUAUGCCCUUCAAUAUAAGUAUGUGCAACUUUCUAUAACUAGGCGGCUUCAGAGCCUCCAGCCCCAGGACUUACUUCCUAGAGGGCACACCACUGCAACAGGUUGACAGUCAGAAGGACUUGGGUGUAUGGAUUACAUCUUCACUCAAACCAACACUGCACUGCGCGAAGGCGGCCAAAUCGGCUAUGGCUACACUGCAACUCAUUAAGCGAGCAUUUAUGGAAUUUGAUCCAGACAGCUUUUCAAAAAUAUUUGGCACCUACGUGAGGCCUCAUCUAGAAUACGCCAUACAGGCCUGGACACCUUGGACUGCCAAGGACUAUACCGUUUUGGAGAAGGUCCAGAGACGGGCGACCAAAAUGACACAAGGUCUGGGAGCGCUGUCUUACGAAUCUCGACUGUCAACUCUCAACCUGUUUCCACUUUCCUAUAGGCAAUUACGUGGUGACCUUAUACUUGCAUUUCGCAUUAUCAACGGCCUAGACUAUUGUUUAGAUCCCACUGAUUAUUUCACACAAGCUAACACGCCCAAUUUGCGCGGUCAUCCUCUAAGACUACGCGCCGGGAAAGCAAGGAUCAAUGGAAGAAAGUUCUUUUUCAGUCACAGAGUGGUUGCAGCGUGGAAUGCCCUGCCCACCGAUGUUGCAACCUCCUCCUGUGUGAAGUCCUUUAAGUUUAGAUUUGACGCGCAUCAAGCCUCCCAGUUACCAGCCUUACAUCCACUCACAUAACCCGGCACCAACUUAAACUUGUUUAUAUUACCUGUAACUAGUUAGUAACCGUUAUUUAUUACUUUUUUCGUACUAUCUGUCAACGAUUAUGUACAAAACCCUUUUUUCGCCUUCCCACUAUCAGUGUUUUUCUCCGACGACUUGUAACCAAUAGGGAGUUCAAAGGCGCUCGCCUAUGUUUCCCUUAAUAAACUGAAACCGAAACUGAAACAUAGCGCAUCCAGAAUUUUGGCAUGUAGGACUGAAAGACCCGUGUUUCCAGUUCUUGUAGAACCGCCUCAGCCAGGUAGCCGGAGAUUGGUGAUCCCAUCGGAGUUCCCUGGAUUUGCUCGUACACCUGGCCAUUAAACGUAAAGUACGUGCUCAAACAGUAGUCCAGUAGCUCCAUUAUGUGCUUCCUUUUCAGAGGUCUUUCCUCUUCAUCGUACCUCCUCUCCAGAAGGUUACUUGGUGCCCUCUGUGGCCUUCGUCUUUGAGAGUGUCGCUUCAAAAGCAGCGGUAAAAUCCACUGGGUGUGCGUCCCCUCUGUUGUGGCCUGAUUCGUGCUGAAGCACUUUAAUCUGGUCGUCUGUCAGCUGUUUGGAUGACAGGUUGUUGACGGAGGAUGGCUCAGGUAGUGUGGCUUGUGCUUCCUUUAGACUACUCAUUUUGUUCAGGAGUUGGGCCCUCUUCUUCUCUCGCUCGCUGUUCACCUUACUCGAGAUCCAGCUCUGCAAGUUUUUUAAGGGUUCCAUCUCGAGGUAUGAUGCACAUGCUGUCUUUUCCCUUUCGAUUUCCCUGCUGUACUUUCCCAGGCGAAUGUGACACUCGUUGAUGAGAGUUCUUAGAAGGCGUCGGCCGCAGCUCCUGGCGACCGCUCGACCGAAGUCAGUCCUAGCUGGUGGUCUUACAGAAACACUCCUUGGCAUAAUGUCGGACCUCAAACAGUUGUGUAGGAAAGCCAAUUGUUCAUAUGUAGAUCCCUGUCAACAGGAAUAUGUUUCCCAGCGCCGUGCUCGGCGAAGCGCUUCGCGUCCGGUAUUAUGAUGGAUAUAGGCGAAAAUGCCGACCCCAGGUGUCGAUAUGGAAGGAGGCAAAGAGAUCUCUGAGGAGGAUGAUUUCGAAGCCUGGAAAUCCAACGCCAACUCGAUCAACCGUAGGAUCGACCUACCGGCGCCAUAUGAGGCCGUCAGACACCACUUGAGCAGGAAGGGAGGACUAAUGGGAAGAGAGAACAGUGGAUCUAUCAGUAGUGAGUAAGAAAGACCUAUUUAAACCUUGUAUUCCCACUUUUAAUCUAUCUCCGAUGAUGCGCUCAAGUAUGAGUGUGAAACGUCAGAUGAAUAAAUCAUCCUCCCCAGAGAUCUCUUUACCUUCUUCCAGAAAUAUAUAUAUAUAUGAGAUGGAGCCGACAAAGACAAGGGAGACCAGAAUGGCCAUUUCUGGCUUAUUAGCCGUCAUCAGCCAGUCACACCCAACCCCAAGUGUGGAUCACUUGAGAUUCGAACCCGGGAUCUUUGGUCAGGGAGUUUGACGCUCUACCAUUGAGCCACGGGCCCGUGGUAGUGGAAGGGGGCGAUCACAGAUCGUUCAUACGGAAUUCACUCGUUCCGUUGUACCUUAAGGGUUCUAUCUCGAGCCCAACCAACAGCCGCACAGCGGCGCAUGAUAUAUAGGGCUCGUGGCCCUGUGGAUAGAGGCGUGGACUUCUAAACCAACAGGUCGCGGGUUCGAGGCUCGGGUGUUCUACAUUUCGGGCUUGGGUAUGGCUGGCUGACGACGGCUAAUAAGCCAGAAAUGGCCAUUCCAGUCUCCCUUGUCUUUGUCGGUAGUACCAUUCUGCCUAUAUAUCAUGCGCCGCCGUGCGGCUGCUGGUUAGGCUCGAGAGAGAGCCCUUGAAGCAAAACGGAACGAGUUACUUCCGUAUGAACGAUCGGUGAGCGCCCCCUAACAUUGUAUAUUCCCGAUCGAAAACCGACAGGGCAACGGGCUCGUGGCCCGGUGGGUAGAGGCGUGGACUUCUAAACCAACAGGUCGCGAGUUCGAGGCUCGGGUGUUCCACAUUUCGGGCUUGGGUAUGGCUGGCUGACGACGGCUAAUAAGCCAGAAAUGGCCAUUCCAGUCUCCCUUGUCUUUGUCGGUAAUAUAUAUGUCUGCGCGUUCUUUUUCACGUAAGUCGUUUAAACUGCAAAUGAAUACUCGCCGAAAAACGAAACCUCAUUGUCGAAAAAAUAUGCCUCCACAACAAACAUCAACACGGAAUAUGCUUUCGAUCAGUCAGUAAACAUUGUCUACUAAGUUGCCUUUUUAAGUAGUGCCUUAAUAACGUAUUCUGUUGGCGGAUAUCUGUCUGCUUUAUAUUUUUCCUGGGUGAUGCCAAGAAAAUCUUCGACACUUUUGGCUGUUUUUUUUUCAAGCCACUAAGAAUGCUAACGUAUUUCUUUCACAAAUGGAGGAACAUGCAUUCUUUUUCUAUUGCUGCUAUUCUAACUAUCUUUUUCCGCCCGGAGGCUCUGUUCUACGAUUAUAAAUGCCGGCAGAGCAGCCAUAUUGAUGGUAAAACUGUUAAUGCCUUGCUCGUUCCAUCUCUAAAUCACGUAUGUGCAGCAACUAGAUCGUGUGGAGAAUAACGUUUCAUAUGUACAAACCUGAAAAUGACUAUUCAGUGAGAGUCGCUUUUGUGUCAAGGCAUAAUAUGUUCUAAAUGGCACAACAAUUUCGGCCCAUUUAACUGAGGGAUUGUCUGCGUGCGUCAUUAAUGCACUUUCGGGUACGAAAUCGCACAGAUUUGCUAACCUGACUUCCAAAAAUAAAUAAACUGUCUGGUUCUUUUAAAAUAACCUGUGUUAACAAACUAGUUCCCACGCAUAGCACGAGACAAAAAUCAAUUUUUAAAUGCGGCAAGGUCCAUUUAUUUGGACUCUCGAGGCCAUGUUAUGUUCUUACCAAAGACAAACACGCACAUACAUACGAUUCGGGCCCAGGACAGUUAUCAGCAUAGAAAACUGCCGGAAUAUAUUGCAACGUUCGCUUUUGCCCAAAUUCAUGAACAUUUUGCUUGAUGAAAUUGCGUAGACGCAUUUCCUGCACAAGAAAAGGACAUUUACUUGAAGGGGCUUGACACGUGAGUAAAAUGCUCAACGUUUAAGACGUCCAAAACUUCUCAUAUGAGAUUCUGUCAUUACGCUUCAUGGGUUAGGCCAUGUACUGUAUAUAUACAGUCGGUGGUAGAUCCCAGGAGACGCUAAGCAAAAUUCCGAAAUGUGUUAUCGAUUAGGAAGGAUUACUUAAGUCGAACUGUAAUAUUGACUUUUUUCGACCUAAUGCCAGGAUACUUCAGACACUUCAGGGUGUUGAAUUCCGAGUAGACUUGUCCUCGGCCGUCCACAAAAACUGCACUUAUUUAAAAAUGACUAUUUAUUUUGUUGCACUUUCUCCACCGACUUUUUUUUGAAAACCGGGGAUACGCUUUUUCCGAGUAUUAAAUCUGGAAAAGGCUCGAUUUGUUGCCAAAUGAGUAAAAAGAAUACUUUUAUACGUGAUUUCCAUACAGUAUUCUUAAAUUCUUAAGGGCAUCAAAAACCAAUUGGGACAAAUCACACGAAAUACCUGGACACUUUUUACGGAGUGUGAUUUUUGUAGGCGACCGAAAAAGUGCGUCUAAAAGCCAGCAGCCUGCUGCGACUGAAAUAUUACGAAAUUAUGCAAAAUUAUUAUCAUUAUUACAAUCCCACAGCAAGUCGAAGCAUGCACGGUGACUUGCAUGUGAACUAGUUCGUAGUGAGAGUUGACUUGCGCGGCAUCUACCGCUCUCUACUCCCCAUAUAGGCCCGGUAUCACGACAACGUCAAAAAGACUGGAGGAGGGAGAGUGUGCAGUGUGUACGGACGGACCCGCCCUUGGGCGGUGCACCACACCCCUGGUCCACAACAGACACUUGACCAGGAUUUUAAUCAACAACAGCAUGGCAACGGAUCAGAAAAAUGUGGAUGACCGGGCAACCAUGUGCACGACCUGGGUACUUAGCAGGUGCGCAAGCAUAUCUGCGGCAUGAAACCAGGUGUCAAAUAACUGUCAACGCACACCAGGCUGAGAGAGUUAUGGUUUGCUAAAUAAUGGCAAAUCAGACGCUCACAAACCUUAAGACCCAGAAGGAUAAGAUAGCACCGUGACAGUCUCAGAUUCGGAUCACACAUACAGCGGAGGGGCCACAUAGAGACGGAGCCGAGGAGUACAUUACCCAGUUGAGUGCGAAAUGGCAGUUGAGUGCUUGCGCUGUGUGUUGAUGGAUGAUGCAGUUUUGUAGUGCAGGUGCUGAUGGGGGAAUGUGCAGUGGUGUGGCAUAGCCGGCGGUGGCCUUCCACGUGUUUUCUUGAAUGUGGCCUAAUAGGCCCAUGCAGUGUCUGAAUAUGCGGGAGCAGUUAUGGCGGUUGAGGUGGAUGCGUCGACUGUGGGUUGGUGCUCUAGGCAGCGAUUCAAUAGUCUCCGUGAAAUGGAUACGCAAGUAACCGACAAGGUCGACGUGGGAGUGGAAUGUGUGAUUGCAAUGAGGACAGGUUUCAGUAGUCAACAUCGCUGGAGGUGGGGGUAUCGGUGGUGAUGGCAGACGACAAUGGGACAUCGGACGUAACCCCAUUGGUGGGGGUGGGGGUAAGAGAGAGAGAGGACUGCUUUAUUUUGAAAAUAACUUUCAAAACUUUCAGCAAAAACGGUUCUCCAGUACACAGUGAUUACCAUAGAGAUUAACAGGUUUUGAACAGACAGGUGGACAUGAUUAUAUAUGAAGAAAAAAGGACUUUAAGGUCCAAGAUCGAGUUUUUGUUUUUGUUUUUCAACAUCUUUGUAGGUGAGAUACCGGGCUAGAAAUGGCAGUAUGGAAUUCCGAUAGGCCGAAGUGCGGCAAGGGAUGUGGCGGAAGCAUCGACGCAUGAGGCGUAAGGAUUUCGCAGCCAUUAACUCAUUAUGAAGGGGAUGGACGGUGUCAUUCAGAAUUCGGUCAGCGAAUUGCUCCACCGAGUUGAAGUGUCGCUGCACGAUGAUAUCAACUAAAAGAUGAUAGGAAACACCAGCAGCAGAGGCGAGCAUUCGAAUGACACGUUCAAAAAUAAUUAGAUCUUCUUUAAGUAAAGCUGGAAAAAUAACUGGAGAACAAUAAAGAAUGAGUGGAAGAAUACAGCCAUCUAUGAAUCGGCAGAUUAAGGACUGGGGUGUGUGAUAUGAACGUAGACGACGAAUGUAAUAAACAAGUUUUUGAAUUUUUGUUAAAAGGGUUUCCAUAUGAAGAGAGAAAGAGAGAUUUGAGGAUAAAGUAACACCUAGGUACCAGAAAGAAGAUACCUCAUUGGGAAGUGCGUGGAGUGCGUGUUGUCGUUGUAGUGGUGACGGUGGUAGUAGUGGAGCUGGUCGCUGUGUUCGACACGGCUUAAGGCAGGGCGGAUGGUGUCAGCGGUUGGUGGGGACGGGAUAGCGAUGGUGUGAUCGGCGGUGACGGGAGUGAUGGUCGACGUGGAGUUGUUGACGUAGUGGAUGUGAACGUGUUCCACGGGACAAAUUCCCGCGCGGCAUGCGCGUUAGCAACGUAGGCAUAUUGGCAGCGGUUGACGACCGGUAGUGACGAGGCCAGAUACUUGUAUCUUGCAAACCUCCUGUUUGGCUUUGGUGGCCGUGAUCGGGAUUGCUUCGUAGAUGGCUAAGCCGGUCUUCACUUCUCUUUGCCAUGUCGGUCUGUUCUAAGCGAGGUCGUCCUUUGUUCCCGGGUUGAUCUGCAGCAGUUUCAAAGAGUCUUUUAAAGUAUACUUUUAGGGCCAUUUUGUUCCUCCUUGUCGACGGGUACCCGUGGCGACAUCAAAGAAAGUUGUUUCGGUGACGUGUGUCUUCAAUCCUCACGAGAUGACAGCUCCGCUGCAGUUGCCUUAACAUGGCGUAAUUGCUGAUUAUUCCGGUCUGUAGGACGUCUGUGUCGUGAAUCCCGUGUUGCCAACUCCGAUUUAGUAUUCUGCGAAGGCAGAUGAGAUGCAACUGAUUGAAUUUCUUGGCAUGGUUAGAGUGGACGGUCUCCGCUGCGUAGAGGAAUGUCGUCAGAACGACAGUCUUGCUUAACGGACUUCUAAUCUCAAAAACUAUGCAUUGCACUUUGUGCAGAUUUUGCCUACAUCGUCUAAAAUUUGCAUGUAAAUGUAUUUUUACUUGCUUUGAUGGGACCCCGACGGGUCUUUAAUAAAAAUAAUUGAAUUGAAUUGAAUUGAAUAUUCAGUUAGAUGCCGAGACGAUUCCACAAGGAGUUCUGCAGCCGGUUAAAGGCUCACCUUAAUUUGGAGACCUGGUGGGCAUCGUAGAUUCUGGUGCUGUUGGAAAGUAUGAUUUUAAGAUAACAAAAUUGUUCACGGUUUUGAUUUCGUUGCCGUUGACGGUGAUUUGAGUAGAAGUGUAGUGUUACGUGUUUGGCGACGGUUUGUGAAUGACCACCGUUUGUCUGUGUUGAUGGUCAGGCCGAAGUUGGCGCACCCGGCAUCAAGGUGGUCCCCGUUCUGUCGCAUGUCCACUUCGGUCGUGUUGAGCGCGCAGUCGUCGGCGAAGAACAGAUCGUGGACCGCGGUUGUAGAUAGUUGCACAGGAACAUUCAUGCGCCUGUGGUUGAGAAAAUACUCGUCAGUUCUGUUGACGAUGCGCGUCCUUGGGCGCUCAUCACGGUAGGCGUCGAUCAGCAUUUGAGAGAACGUGAGACUAAAGAAGGUAGCCGCGAGAACGCAGUCCUGCUUCGUUAAAGUGGCCAGUGUAAAUGUCUUGGAGGUUGCACCACUGUCCGUCACUGGCGCCGUCAAGUUGCGGAGCUGACAGAAAAUAUUCAGUUCAGUUCAGUUUAGUGUUUGAAUUGUUCAGCACAACCGAACUUCUAAAUUAUUCUCCACAGCUUACUGCGAUUUACCGUAUCGAAGGCUUUCGUUAAGUCCACAGAGAUAGUGCGGAGGUGCGCUCGCACAUCCUAGCACUCCUCCUCUAACUGGCGAGCGGCGAAAGCCAUGUCGGUGAUCCGGUGGUGUCGUCGGAAGCCACACUGGCAUUCUGGCAGAAGUCGUUAAGGCGAUGAAGCAGUAUGCAGGCAAAGAUCUUCCCGUCGAUGUUUAGUAGCAAGAUGUCCCUCCGAUUGUCCCAGAAAUGCGGGUUCCCGAAGCGCUUAUUCGGAUUGACGAUGGUUGUGUCCUUGAAAUCCUGAGGAACUUGUUCACAGCUCCACUUCUCCUGAAAUAGCCUAGUGAGUUGGUCCAUCGGUCGGUGGCCGCCAUGCUUGUAGAUUCCAGUUGGUGCCUGGUGCUUUUUCGUUGGAGAGUUGUUGUACGGCACGGAUGAUUGCUAGGAUGAACUCGGGAGGACUAGGUCGACGAUGAUUCCUUCUUAGGGGAACCGGUCGAUGGCUGCGUCGGUAAAUGCAAAGGGACGGUUGAGGAUGUUUUCGAAGUAUUUGGCACACUUCUUUAGAGUUCGCAACAUCUGCGUCAGAAGCGUUAAUCCAUGGGAGCUCAGAAGCGGCACGAUUCCUUUGGUUGAGGGCUACAGAUCGCCUUGAUCUUUGCAAAGAAGCUGUUUUAUUUAUUGGGGUCGGCGCACCUCUGGGUCUCCUCGGUUUGGCGAGUCGUCCAGGCGUCCUAUAUUUCGCGCAACCGUUGCAGCGCAAAGCGGCGACAUUGGCAGAAAGCCGCUUUAUUCGCAGCGGCCGGACGAUUGAGGUAGAGUCUGCGCGGCCCGUUCUUCUCGGCGGGCAGGUUACUGAUGAACUGAACAUUUUCGUCGAGCCAGUCCAGAUGCUGGCGACGUGCGCAGCCGUGGACAGCCAGAGCGGUCGUGCGAACGGCGUUUCGUAGUUGGCACCAUCAAUUUAAUACGAAGGCGCUUUUAUCUGCAUUUGACAGGUCUUCCAACCGCUGAGUUAGUUGAUCGGUACCGUAAAAUUGGGGUUAAUAUCACGGAUGGGAUGGCGUCCUUCUGCGAGUUUUUUUUGAGGACGGGGCAAUAAGGGACUAUCGCGUACCCAGCUCCGCCAUAACCACGUGCGUAGCCCCGCCUAUACGCGGCCUAGCACCCUCUGGCCCUGGGGACUUGACGGGGCCGAACGGGGCUGGUGCCAGCAGGGAUACCACGGUUGUAGUACAUGUCAAUUCGUUGACUGAAAUUUCGGUCUCUGUCGUUACUUACGUCUGAUCACUUGCCAGCGGAUUUUUGAUGCAAUUUCUGCUUUCGUUAUUUAUGUACUUGCAUUUCACCGUUAUCACACCAUUCAUUAAUAUGACUCCAAUUUAUAUUUGUCAUUUUCCACACGUCCAAAGUCGCUGCGCGCUGAACGUGUGCUACAUGCCCUUAUUGACUAGCUCAUUUAAACAUUGUUCCUAGACACUUCAGUACGUUAUGCAUUUUACAAAUGAACAGUGAAACAUUAGGUAAUAUUUUAUUUUUGGAUGAAAUAAUACCUUUACUCUCUGGCCAACUGAACAACACUUGGGUAACUGAUCUAUUGUUGCUACUUUAUUUCGAUUUAACGCGGCAAUUUCGUUUCCGUCUUUCCCGCCUUUGCGCUUGCGAUCCCUUUUGGUUUUUUAGUGAAAUGGGCAACGAAGCCUCACUCCCCGAAUUGUGUUCCACCUUUGAUGUUGAGGAAAUAAAAAGACUCGGGAAACGUUUCAAAAAACUCGAUCUUGAUGGAUCGGGGUCGCUCAGUGUUGAAGAAUUCAUGAGUUUGCCCGAACUGCAGCAAAAUCCUCUAGUAUCGAGGGUUAUAGACAUUUUCGACACAGAUGGGAACGGCGAAGUAGAUUUCAAAGAAUUCAUCGAGGGGAUGUCUCAGUUCAGCGUGAAGGGGAACAAAGAGGCAAAGUUAAACUUUGCUUUCAAAAUUUACGAUAUGGACGAUGAUGGUUUUAUAAGCAACGGUGAACUAUUUCAGGUCAGUCCGAAGGUUUUUUGUCAAUUUUUUCCGCAAGUCAUUUUCAAGUUUUUCGCUUCACUAAUAUAGCGCAUCGUGUGUAAUUUAACUUACUAGGCACUCCCACUAGCUUCUCCCAGCCUCCGUAACCACUUUAGUCUUUAGCACCUUUUAUUGCUGGUCUGUCUUAUCCUCAGAAGGACAGUUGACUGUAUGAAACUGGUAUUUUAGAUGGGACGUAACAAUCCUUUUUGAUGUAUUAGGUUUGCCUCAAACCCUAGUGUUUGGACCAUCAGAAUAACUAUUCUUGAAAGUUUCAGGCAGUUGCCCUAUUUGCCUUUAUUUCCUAGCAUUCAUAAACAAACCUGCCAUCAUCCCAGCUGCCCGAUCGUAUAAAGUUUUUUCAUCCAUGUCACUAACCCCAUAGUACCUGUAUUCGCAUCUAGUGCGGCUGUCAUCAGGCAUGUUCCUUCUGUCCUCGAUUAUAUCACGUUUUGUACGUCUCCACGCGUGACGAUUUACGGCAGCCGACUUGGAAAGCUCGUGUCGUUCUUUUUUUCAGCGACGGCGACCGAAUAUUUGAAGUUUAAUAACUACUUACAUCCGCUGACGAACUUCGUCGAGCCAGGUAUUGAGUCGCCCACCCCUUCGACGCCUCCAGGUCGGCGACGACGCCGGGUCUAGGGCUCGUGAGUUGGACGACGGAGUGCUUGCCCAACCCAUCUCAGUGGCCUUUCUUGGAUGGCCUGAGAUAUUUCCGUGGCAUUGUCGUAGCGAGUGUGAGACGUCUCAUUUGAGACGAAGUCGGUGUACUUCACUCGAAGGAUGGUUCUUAGGUGGCUGUGAACGAAUACCUCCAGUCUUCGCUAAUAUUUCGCGCACAAAGCUCGGCAUUCACAAUCUUAUACGAGGACUGACCGGAGAUGUCGUCUUGUGUCCAUGGGCACAUUUGAAUGGUUGAGAAAACUCUUCUAUCAGCGUAGAUUCGGGCGAUGUCCUCACUCUUCCCAUUAGACAGUAGCCUCGUCCCGAGUUAUUUUAAACUGUCCACUUCGUCAAGUUGACUAGGAUGCCUUCUGAUCGCGUAUGCAGUUCGUAAACAAUCUGGAUUUCCCACCUUUUAUGGAUAAACCGACUGAAAUAGCGAUUUCACUCAUAGGUCACACCACAAACCGUAAAUCACCACACUUUGAGACAAGUAAGACGGCAUCGUCAACGUAGUUUAGAUUAGCCAGCGGACGCCCGGGUGCGAUAUUCACACUGUCAAAAUUCUGUGGAACCAUUCUGAGUCCAGUCAGUGACGUAGCUUAACAAAAUAGGCGAUAGGAUACGACCUUAUAGAAUACCAGAUGCGUUAUCGAACAGUUGGGAGAGGUUGUUGUGGACAAGAACCCCAGCAGUGGUGAAGCGCUGGUAAGCCCUAACCAUGACGAUUUUGGUCGUAGCAUCAUAUAAUUCCCUUAUCUGCCACAGGAACUCGCGAUGGACGGGAUCGAACGCAGUGGUGAAGUCUACAAGGCAGACUAACUUCGGUUGCUGGUAGCCAUAGUGGAAUUCCAGAAUGCACCUCAGUGUGAAUAUCCGGUCUGCGCAUUCACGCGCAACUCGGAAUCCUGCUUGGUUAAACUUAGUCCUAGAACCACGCAGAGACUGGAAUGGUCUGAGGUCAGCAGUGAAGACCUUCUCAGCAACGCCGAUGAGGCUUAUGCCUCAGUAUUUCUGGCACUUUUUCUGAUCGCCAUUCUUGGAGGCAUAGCCUAAAUGGGCAUACAAUUCCGCCGUUGCGGUGAGCAUGCGUGUGAUGGUUCGCUUAUCAAAGUUGAGAACGUGCUCGAAGUGUUCACUCUAAAGAUCAACCCUAACCGAGUUGUCAGCGAUAAGGCCGCCAUUAACGUCAUGCAAAGAGUCACCAAGUACCGACGGCUUACUACUAACUGCGAAUAACUGAGUAGACUUCUAGGGUCACGAACGUUUGAGGCCUUUCCCGUGGUCGUUGUCAUGGCCCGAUAUCUCUGUUAGUCAUCCCCAGUCGAUCUUCCUUAUUUAUGGCAAUAGCUCAGGUGCCUGCUCUUUCGAGUCACGCCACGUUUAAUACAAGCAUUUAUCCUAUUUUGAUUAUCCUUGCAAUGUUAGGAGGACUUGGAAGACUGAUAACAACUCACUUUGCUGAACGUUCUGCUCCAGCGGGAUUUAUGUAGCUAGUUCUAGGCUACUCCAUUGAAUUUGUUGUUGAACCCCCGUGACCUUGAAGCCCAAAUUAAUUUUCUGAAAAAAAUUUUUUGGGCUGAGCUAUCCCAUCCAUUCACAGAGUUGGGAAGCCCAUACUUGCAGAAGAAGAUGAGUGAGCAUACACGUGAACUUGCCUGGAGAAGACGGUGCAUAUAACAGGUCCAAGAACCUUUGCUAAUUCCUGGGCUGCAGGAAACAGACCCGAUGCACUUUUCCUUGCUCAGUAGCUUUCUUGGAAACGUGAAGAUAAACUACCUACAGGCAACUGUCCACUUUUAAAAUUCUAUGCCUUUUCUUAAGCAUGCCGUCCAUCGCACUACAAUGCCCUACCUAGUCGUCGAAAUUUCUAUUGGUUUCGAAUCUGUUUUCCAAGAGAGAUAAAGAGAAAGAGAGAGAAACCGUCAUCUGGACGGACCGAUAGUCGUUAGUGGUCGGAAACGGAAAUUCAAGCGGGCAAUAGUGCCUGGAAGUUAAGACUCCACUUGAAGAUCAUGAAAUGUAGUGUCUCGUGAUGCUACGCCGGUAGUACUGGUUACAGACGACGUAAUUCCAAGUUCAAACAUUGUAUCGGCAAAAAGUACCUGGACACUGGUGUGGACUUGCUGCAUUAUUAACGAUGGUAUGAUUUUGUUAGGUGUCGAAAAAUCAAGUAAAAUCAAUUCCGGUGACACUUAAGUAUUCAAGUUUUCUUUCCUAAAAACAAACCUUAAUUUAUGUAGUCGUUUAUCUUGUUUAAUAUAAUACCUCUUUGGGACAAUGCACCGACGCAGUAGUUUUUUCCCGAAUACCUCCUCUAGGCUGCUUCAUGUCCUGCUUUAUAAUAAUUUCUAAAUCUGUCCUUGUCGACAACUCUGUUAAGAGAGGUUUUUGUCCUCUUCAGGUUUUGAAGAUGAUGGUUGGCAAUAACCUGAAGGAUGCCCAAUUACAGCAAAUUGUGGACAAGACGAUCAUGUUCGCCGACCAAGAUGGAGAUGGUAAAAUCUCGUUCAAAGAAUUUUGUCAGGUUGUCAGUGGCCUCGACGUUCACAAAAAGAUGGUAG